AUGACGUUAGAGCAAGUGGAGGCUAACCAAGCUACCAUGAGGUCAGACAUCAAUACGAUCCAAGAGAAGAUGGAUCAACUGCUGGAAACAAUGCUCGCCAUCGCCCAGAGAGAGAGGGUUGCGGAUGCAGAAGAUGAGGCUAGAAGGAAUGAUAACCCAUCAAGUUUGGUCCACCCAGAUGAGGGCUAUGUCCAUGCCAAGAAGAGCCUGGUUCACAUACCAAUAGGAAGCAAAGGAGAGGGGGAUCGUGCAGAGCCUUCUGAGGCGCCUGCUCAUUAUGGGUCCGAAAUAGGCGAUGACCCAUACGAAGCUUUCUAUGUGCCUGAUCAUCCGAAGCCUAAGACACUUCCAGACCCAUCUGCAGAUAGGCUUCGUGCCUUGGAAAAGAAGGUCAAGGCUAUCGAAGGGAAUAAUAUCUUCGGUGCCUCUAACAUGAACAUGCGCUUGGUAUCAAAUUUAGUCAUUCCGGCUAAAUUUAAAACUCCUGAUUUCGAAAAAUACCAAGGCCAGACUUGCCCAAGAAGUCACCUAGUGAUGUACUUUAGGAAAAUGGCUGCUCAUACCGAAAAUGACAAACUGCUUAUACACUGUUUCCAAGAUAGUUUGAGUGGAGCAUCUCUGAGAUGGUAUAUGAGUUUAGAGCAAGGGCGGAUUCAAAGCUGGGAAGAUUUGGCUGAUGCAUUUCUCCGUCAGUACAAAUAUAAUUUGGAUAUGGCACCUGACCGAAUGCAGUUGCAAGGCAUGGUAGAGCCACCAUUGUCUGAGAAGGAAAUGACUGGAAUAUUUGUGGACACGCUGAAGGACCCAUUCUUUGAUAGAUUGGUGAGUAGUGCGGCAUCCGAUUUUGCGCAUCUGGUCACAAUCGGAGAUCGUAUAGAAAAGGGUCUGAGGGAUGGAAAGAUUUCAGGAGCCGUGGCCACCUCUAGCGCACCGAAAAAGUAUUCUGGAGGCUUUCAGAAGAAAAAAGAAGGUGAAACGAAUGCUGUAUCUAGAGGCUAUAAGGGGAAGCAACAGGCUUCAUAUGGCCAAGUCGCUGCCGUGGUACCCAUACCUUAUCAACAACCUCGUCAACAACAGAACACAGCACCACCAAGACAAUUCAAGCCAAAGCCUCCAAGAAGGCAACUUGACCCUCUACCAGUACCUUACAGCCAAAUAUUCCCAUAUUUGCAAAAGGAGGGUCUUCUGACAUUGAGGGAGCUGAAACCGGCUGUUCUUCCAUAUCCACCAGGAUAUGAUGCUAACGCACAUUGUGAAUUUCACAUGGGAGCGCCCGGCCAUACCCUGGAGAAUUGUUUUGCAUUCCAAAAUAGGGUACAAGACCUGAUUGAAGCAAAAGUUGUUACCUUCACUCCAAGACGCCCGAACGUGAACACUAAUCCCAUGCCAACACAUGGAGGUGCUUCCGUCAGUGCCAUAGAGGAGAGUGAUCAAGGAGAACUGAUUCUUAAGGUUGAAGAGAUUCAAACCCCUAUCACCAUGAUAGGGGCACAACUGCUAAAAAGUGGUCUAGUCUCAGAGGAGCUAGUCAAUGAUGAGAAUGACAAAGGGUUGAGGAAUUUUAUACAACAAAUGCUGGAUCGAGGCGAGUUACAGAUCAAUCGCCGUGCUAAGAACAAAGAAGAGAAAGAGAUAGCCGUUGUGGUGGAUAUCCUUUACGAUGAAGUUAACGUGGACAUCCCUUUUGAUAAGGUUAACGUGGACAUCCCUUUUGAUAAGGUUAACGUGGACAUCCCUUUCGAUGAGGUUAACGUGGACAUCCCUUUCGAUGAGGUUAAUGUGGCCAUCCCUUAUGAUGAGGUUAAUGUGGAAAUCCCCAUAAACCCCUUGGUGAUAGAGUUUCCAGCGCCAUUCGCAUAUGAGGAUGAGAAGGCGGUACCAUGGAUAUAUCAGCCCAGAGCUUUUAAGCAAGGGCAGGAAGACCAACCUGUGGUAAUCAACGAACCAAAUGUUACCUCAAUUAUGGGGCCAGCCGGCAUAACGCGUAGUGGCCGAGUGUUUGCACCAAGGGCUGUUGAUGCUUCUACAAAAGCCAAAGGGAAAGAAAUUGCUACUCCUGUCCAAAUUCCUGUCCCUAGUCGAGAAAUGCAAGACAUGCAUCUGUCGCCUAAAGCUGCGGUCACUCGAGAGGAGGCUGAGGAAUUUUUAAGGAUAAUCAAGAAAAGUGAUUAUAAAGUGGUAGAUCAGUUGAAUCAGACACCUUCGAAAAUCUCCAUGCUAUCUCUGUUGCUCAACUCAGAAGCACACAGGAAUUCAUUAUUGAAAGUGUUAAGCGCAGCACAUAUCACGAAAGACAUAACAACAGAACAGUUUGACGAUGUGAUAGCUUGCGUAACCACUGGAAAUUUUUUGGGGUUUAAUGAUGAUGAACUGCCAGUUGAGGGAAAGAACCAUAACAAGGCCCUACAUAUCUCCUUGAAAUGCAUAGACACUAUACUAUCAAGGGUAUUAGUAGACACAGGUUCCUCACUGAAUGUCAUGCCAAAAACCACUUUGAUAAAGCUGCCGAUGGAGGGGAUGAAUAUGAAGCCCAGUACCUUGAUUGUGAAAGCAUUCGAUGGCUCAAGACGAGCAGUGAUAGGAGAGGUUGACCUACCGAUCAAAAUAGGCCCAACUUUCUUCAAUAUCACAUUCCAAGUUAUGGACAUACAUCCCGGUUAUAGCUGCUUACUUGGGAGACCAUGGAUCCACUCUGCAGGUGCCGUCACCUCCACUUUACACCAAAAGCUAAAAUUCAUUACCAAUGAUAAGAUGAUUGUGAUUGGAGGAGAGGAGGAUAUCUUGGUUAGCCACCUAACAUCUUUCCGAUAUAUCGAAGUGGAUGGCGAGAUAACCGAGACACCAUUCCAGUCCUUGGAAGUGGUAAAUAUGAUGGCUGUCCAAAAGACGUUGGAGACUCCGAAGUCAGGACCAUCCAUGGCCUCGUGGCAAGGAGCUAAAGCUGUGAUGGAAAGUGAAAACGCUCAGGACUGGGGCAAAGUGGUGGAAGUGAACCAGAAGCGAGACAAGUUUGGGUUAGGGUAUGACCCAUCAUUGAUUGAAGCCAGUAACCAACACGAUGAAGAGCAGAUUCCUCCUGUAAAAGAAACGUUCAUCAGCGCUGGCCACAUUUUUGGAAAUCAGGUGGCCAUGAUCAAUGUCGAAGAUCAUGAGGAAGAAGCGUCUAACUGGAUACGACAAGCCGCGCCUAAUGAAGAACUGACAAACUGGAAGGCUGUGGAAGUCCCUCGAAUUUUUCAAAAGUAA